AAAGAUCAAGUGCUCUUCCUAGACAACCACAGCACACUUAUAGACAUAGAAAGGCUGGUUGGCAGUCAUGAGUAUAAACUCGUUUAAAGUUAAUGUAUCAGACGUGACAGAUCCGUCUGAUUUUAAAUCCACGAAAAUCCCAGCCUUGUCGGAAUUAGACAAUCUUGAACGAUGUUAUAUAUGUAAGGAAUUCUUUCGGGCACCUGUUAUAACCACCUGCAAUCACACAUUUUGUCUGCAAUGUAUCCGAGAGUAUUUGAUCACUAAUAAUAGUUGCCCGUUGUGUAAGACCGAAGUGUUUGAGAGCACUCUAAAACGUGAUGUUUUGUUGGAAGAAGUUGUGUCUUGUUAUGUCCUGCUACGACCUUUUCUUUUGAAAUUCCUAAAAGGUGAGAAGAGUGAAGAAGCUGACAAUAGCAAGACUAAUGAAGUUAAUAGAAAGCGUGUGUUGCAAGAAGAAGUUAUUGAAAUCUCAGAUAGUGAAGCGGAAGUGGAGCAACUUAAAGAUGCUAGCAAACGUAGGAAAAGUGAGUCUCCUGCAGGAUCAACGUCACCCCAGAGUGAAGAUCUAGUGUGUUGUCCUGUGUGUUCAAUGCAGAUGUCGGCUGAAAUAUUACAGACCAGCCAUUUGGAUGAUUGUUUAAGUGGCAAGGUAACGAAGAAAUAUACUGCCAAACCGAAAAAGAAACAACCUAGAAACUCGAUCUCGUCAUUCUUCAAACCAAGGAGCUUAGUCAGUUCAUCUUCAUCGUCGAGUCUGACGCCACCUGAGAAACUAGGUAAUGAAGCUUAUUAUUUCCAGGAAACUUCCAGACAUAAUUCAGAAGUGAAACGUUUACCAAAGUUGGACUUCCUGUCACUAAUUACUCCUAAAUUAAAGGAAAAACUCGCAGCUAUAAAUUUACCGACCCAUGGGAAUAGAAAUCAAUUGGAAUUAAGAUAUAAUCAAUAUUUCGUAUUGUAUAAUUCCAAUCUCGAUAGUAAUCGGCCAGUAUCGGAGAAGGUCUUGCGACAGAAGUUGAACCAAUGGGAGUUAUCCCAUCGUGAAUUUAACAGUUACAACGGGGAUUUGUUUUCAAACCACCAACGAGGAAUAAGCAAUAGAUCAAUUACUGAUAAGAAUUUCCUGGUGAGUGAAUGGAUGCAAGAGUACAAACAAGAUUUUAAAGAGUUGGUAAAGAUUGCUCGCGCAUCAGCUAAGAAAACUGGGACCACUGACACUGCCGAUAAGGCGGUGGAGGUGGAGGUGGAAGUGGCGGCAGCAGCGGCGGCGGCGGUGGAAAUUGUAGAAAAGAGCGAUUCGUACAAUUCUGACAUCACAGUAGAUGAAAUGAACGACAAUCUAACUGAGCUUCCCCAAGAAACCACUAAUGAUAGUGCAGAUAAUAGUGGCACCGCCGCUGUCAGCGCAAAAAUUACUGGGGAAGAAGAAAUAAAAAUCGCCGAUCUAGACUUUGCUUCAAGCCCAUUAUUCAGCGAUGCAGUGGGUCAGAAGUAAAAUUGACCUUAACAGAAGGGAAAUAUAAAGGCAUAUAGUAAUAUGGUAUACAAGUUGAAUAAAUAUCUGUUUAAUGCUGCACAAAGCCUGCAAUUUGCUGACUGGCCGAUUGUUUGUAUAAGCCAGGAAAAUAGUCCAGAGCGCGGGCCGACUCAGGAGCAAUCACCGGCACUACACGAACCAAAAUAACUUUUCUUGAUAAAGCUUAUAUUUUCACUUUACCAAUCUCUCCAUUCUUCGGUAAUAUCCUCGUUCAUGGUAUUGUAUCCCAUUUCAUGACCUGCUAAAAUGAUGAUUUCAGCGAUUUCUUCUCUUUCGGCGGUUUCUAUUAAAGCACAGCCACAAUUCUCAUUGAUGUCGUUCAACUUUAAUACUGUUGACUCGACAAUUUCCAUUGCCUCGUCUCUAGAUGUGGUUUCGCGGACCUUUAUCGUAUAGUCAAUUAGUAACGAAAUACACGCGUCUACGUCAUUUUGGGUAUAUGGAUAAUUAGCAUGAUGCAUGAAACUCUCCAAGUGCCUUCUUAAAGCAACAACUAAGCGGUCAAUUGCUGGACUUCCUGUUGUUUUCUUAUAUUCGGUUGUCAUUUUGGUUUCUUUUUGUGUAGUCAAUACAAUGUGGUUCGUAUCUAUUAUUGUAUGGC